UCUAAAAAUUUCCACAAAACUUCAACACUUCCUCACUCACUAAUACACAAUCCCCAAAUUAAACUCUUUGGAGCGUUUUCUGCAAGCUCGAAGUAAAGUAAUCUUGUAUAAUGUGGAUGCAGCUAGGCUGUCGGGCAUUCAUAAAGGGAGCCAAAAAAAGAUUACUAAAGCGGAAAGAUGAUGAUGGGGAGCCAACGCUCCGUAUUUCCGAUGAUGAAAUUGAUGAUGAAAGUAGCCAUAAAUAUUUUGCCAGUGAUAAAAUUCAAUUACCAUCGGGAAGAGAUGAGAACUGUAAUAAAUUCGAUAGCGUUUAUUUAACCAACCCUUCGAUGAACGAGCUAAUGCGAACUAUUCUUACCGCUACGUCAAUGGAUAAAUUUAAGCGCAUAAUAGUCUCGGGGCCAAAUACUCGGGAUAACUGUGAAAUUUUCCAUGUGCAAGCACCCAGAAGUUCAUCAAUAGGUUGCCAUCAAUAUAGACAAGAUCUACCGAACCGAACCUUGUCCUUCGAUGACUUGGACCACCUGAAGCGGUUGGCCACCUCGGAACCUCUGUUGUGGAGAGUCCGUUCGGAGGGCAACUUGACGGAGGAAUGGCAGCCGGUUUUCGCACCGCAUCUAAAUCAAUCCGAUUACGCUAUAUACUAUGAUGCUAUAUCCAAUGCGAAUUCGGAGUCUAUCAGUUCUUUGGUUUGCAUUGGAUGCACAGCCGACUUUGGGAACCGCAUUGUAAUGGAUUGCGAAGAUCAUCUGGUUCAAGAACCCACGAAGCCCCAAGAUCUUCGGAUCGAGAACCCUAAAUCGCCAGUACCUCAAAACGCAAGCAUAUGUUAUUGGAUUAAUUUGGCUCAUUUGCUACUGGUGAUCGCAUGCCUCCGCGGACUCUUAUAAAAAUGUAAUUUAAA